AUGCAGCGCAGUCCAGGCUACGGCUAUCCGCACUAUCCCGUGACUGCCUCUCCGAAGCAGUACCCUGCUGCACACAGCACGAGCAGUGCCUUCAGUGCUAGUGCAAAUCCCAAUGAAGACUGGACCAAGAUCUCGGACCUCGCAGAGCGAAGGAGGAUACAGAAUCGGAUUGCACAGAGGAAUUAUCGUGAGCUCAAGCGUCAUCUCUAUCCGCCCCGUCCAUACUAAUCGCCCGCCAGGCAAGAAGCUGAAGAAGCGGUUGGAAGACCUGGAGCGAAGGGCGGGUUCCAGCUCAGCGUCGCCGGAGCAGAAGCACGAAGAACUACCGCAGAAGGAGAACACUCCGUCGAGCCAAUCCUCUGGGGCAACAUCACAACGGCAACGAUCAACGAGCGGCCAAGCGCGAAGAGACCAUACCCCCGAAAUCCUGGCUCAACAAUACGUACUUCCCUCGGACGACAGAGGAAUGUUCUCGCAACAGUUCACUCGUCAACUCUCCACAUCGCCGCCGCCGUUCUCCUACGCGUCGAUUCCGCAGAGUAGCAGUCACAGUUAUUCCACGUAUCCCCCUGUUGCAUCGUACUGCAGCCUACCAAGCAAUGGUCCCGACAUGCCGAUCUAUCCUCACUAUGCACAUGCUCUAUCGCAAGCAUAUCCCGUCCAGUCCAUGACCUCGCCUCCGGUCAAACAGGAGUUCUAUGGAGACGACGAGAUCAACCCUUUCAGCAUGUCUUACGCUUCGAUCAACGAAAUACCUUCGUAUCAAGAAAUACCUCCAUAUGUGAGAUAUCAACGGAAUCAGAAUUAUCCAACACACAGGGGCUGAUUUCAAGACCAGACACCAUCACUCUCGGACACAUCUCUCGAGCACUGGCACGCUGGCUCACCGCCAGACUAUCCGAGGACUCCGGCAUCUCUUCGCAGCACGCCUCCCCUUGCGGUCUACGAGCGUUCAGGAUCCGCAUGA